AUGGAGGAUACAAAAGAAUUAAGCAAUAUCAUAGGUGUAACACCUCAGAGGAUUAGUCAAAUGAGCAGAGAAGAGAGGUUGAUGGAAGCAAUAAAUGAAAUUCAAAACGAUACAAGUUUUAGUCAAAAGGAGCUCUCUCAAAAGUAUGGUGUUUCUGAAAGUGAGCUAUCCAAGAAAAAAAAUAAGCUCUCCUUUAAGCCAAGAGGUAGAUAUCUCACCGAAGCAGAAGAAUUAGAGAUGAAAAAGAUGAUAGAAGAAUCAAAUACCAAGAAUAUUCCGAUAACGAAAGAGAAUUUUCUAAAUUGGGUGGUCGGAAAGGUAUAUGACAAAUAUGGCUAUACAAUAGUCGUCACUGGUCGUGACUGGUGGACAAAGCUGAAACAAAAAUAUCGAUCUUAA